AGUCUUGCCUGGGAGGGAUCUACCGUCGAAGCCACCCAGGAAAGGAGGCCUGAUACGCUAAUUAAUAUUCUGAACUAGUGACCCUUUCUUUUUCUUUCCAGCCCUUCCCCUUUCUCUGGGCUCCCCAGCCUCUCCCCGUCGCGGAUGGCUGCAGCCCCCUCCAGCUGAGUCAGUCCUCCCUCCCCGCAGCAUUGCAGCACCUCCGCAGCACCCGCUCCUGCUCCUGCAGCACCCGCUCCGCUCCCGCCGCCGCCGCAGCAGCAGCAUGGCCAGCACCGUCUCAGCCUACAAGGAGAAAAUGAAGGAGCUGUCUCUGCUCUCCCUCAUCUGCUCCUGUUUCCACACCCAGCCCCAUCCUAAUACCAUCUACCAGUAUGGAGAUAUGGAGGUGAAGCAGCUGGAUAAGAGGGCAUCAGGCCAGAGCUUUGAAGUGAUCCUGAAGUCCCCUUCAGAUUUAUCUCCCGAGAGCCCAAUCCUUUCCUCCCCUCCCAAGAAGAAGGACCUGUCCCUGGAGGAGCUGCAGAGGAGGCUGGAGGCUGCAGAAGAGAGGAGGAAGACCCAGGAGGCCCAGGUGCUGAAGCAGCUGGCGGAGAAGCGGGAACACGAGCGGGAGGUGCUGCACAAGGCGCUGGAGGAGAACAACAACUUCAGCCGCCUGGCCGAGGAGAAGCUCAACUACAAGAUGGAGCUGAGCAGGGAGAUCCGUGAAGCACAUCUCGCUGCCUUGAGGGAGCGGCUCCGUGAGAAGGAACUGCACGCAGCUGAAGUUCGCAGGAACAAGGAACAGCGGGAGGAGAUCUCUGGAUAAAGGGCUUUUCUACACAUCUAGCACUUGAUUCCUGUUAACAAACCAACCAAUCGACCAACCAACACAUUUUAUUUUGUUUGUCUAGAUGCAACAUUCAGUUCUCCAUCCCCCCCUCCCCUGGUGUUUGUCCCCCAGCUACACGCUUCUCUAUCUCUGCAUCCUUGAUCGUCAGUACUUGUGGGGAGUCACAGAUCAUAGGGAUCUCUAAGCAGAAUAGCAACUAGCUCACAUGAAACAGAGAAUUGAUCAGUCAAUCAAACAGCUUCUUUGGAGGGUUUUGUCCUUUUUUAAUAAAAAAAUUUCUUAAACUGAUGUAAAAAAAAAAAUUAAGAUACUAAUAAAUUCAACCAGCAGUGUCACAGAGAUACGGAUUUCUUAUCCGGGGCUUUCACUCCUCUUGGUGUUUGCUCUGAGCCAAAUAUCAGUUUCAGAAAAAUGGGAAGUGAUAAUUUCUGUGUGUGAAGUGGAAUAGGGAACAGCCCUGCCUUUGCCAGUGGUAGGAGAGAGGGACGAGAGGAACGGGAUGGCUCAGGAGUCGUGGUGUGCAGACCCCCUAUCUCUUGGCUCUAUCUGGAGCCAGCCCAGGCAGGCAGUGACCCAAACUCCUCAUCCUAGGAUGGUUCUUCGAUAGCCCAAGUGGAAGUAGGUGAAGGUCUCCACCCAGAGCUCGGUGCCAGGUGCCACCCCGCAGAAGGUCCCUGUCAUGGCAGGCACUGCCUGGUGCCCCGGUUGGCCACGGGCUGGAGGAGCUGGUAGACUGAGCUGCCCUCUCCCUGGCAGAGCAGGGACCGAGUGGUCUUGGCCGAGCAGACCAGGAGAACCAUGACAGCGAUUGCAUCCCCGGCUCCACAGGAGCCCUGGGAGAGGAAGCUCAGUCUGCAGGCUCUCCAGUGCUCCCAAAGCAUGAGGUUUCACUCUAGGAAGAAAGCAAAUCCAAUAGACACGGUGCGUGGUUGUGAAAUAGCUUUUUAGCGAACAGAACAGUCAUCCUUCCCUCUUUCCAAAGACAGAUGUGACUCUUUGGUGCCAUUACUGAGACCAGAGAUCGCCAGAUGAGCCCCAGAGCUCUGGCUCUUAGGCAGCACUGGGAGGCAGAGCAGCCCAGCUGUCUGCUUGGUGCCUCCAGACCUGUGGCUUUGGAUGAGAGGGAGCUAAGAGGGGAGUAGUUCUUCAGUGAGGGUGAAGAGAUGUCCCCGUGCUUAUUCUUUGUCUUUCUUUACCUCUUCAAGGCCCAUUUUUAAGAAAAAAUUGUCUCUUGAUUGAGGUAGGGAUAAGCAAAGAACAUGCAAGCAUGGCAGUAAUGUUGGAUCUAAGUAGGUGACUGUCAAAGCCCAUGGACCUCCUAAUCUGGUAGAGUCAUGGCUUAUGGAGGUAGCCAAGGUCCAAGCAGCCACCGUGCACUGCAAGGGGCUGCCACCCUCCUGCUGAGACCCACAGACCUGCUCACCUGGCCCAGCUCUGCCCCUGCUUUGGAAAACCAAUUGGAAAUGUUGCAUCUGAAGAGCAGGGAAUGGCCACCUCCCGGCAAGCGGGGCCUCGUGGGACACAGUGCUGGGGACUCAGCCCUGCAGGAGCACGGUCCUCCAGCGAGGUUUUGCAGAGCAGAUGGUGGAAGCUGCUUUCAUUUGAAGCAGAAGGUAAUAAUUCCCAUCUGUCCAGUGCUUAGAGAUUGCUGGUUAACACCCUGGUGCAGUGUUUUGGGGACAGGGCACAGGGUGGUGGUUCCACCAGAGCAUCCCCUCCGCCUCGCGGUGGCCCCUGCGUCCUGGCUGCCCUCUCAGACCCUGGAAUAAACUGAAGGGGCAUCCAAGGCACUGAGACAUUUCAUUAUUAGUAGUUGGUGUCCUCUGCACACUCUACCUCCAAAGAGCUGUUCUGUGGGUGGGAUGAGGGCCUCCUGUGGUGGGCUUUGCAGGGUCCUUAGGGGGUGCAGACGUGGCCACGGGCACAGCCCAGCCAGGGGCUUCCAGGGACCAUUCUCUGCACGGUGGUGCCAGGCAGCCACGAGGAGCUGGAGCAGAUGAGGGGUUUGCACGGGGAAUAACGAUCCCUUUGACUCUCCUUCCCUCUGAAACAGAAAUCAUCACCCAAUUUUGUCAGAAGUUGAAGUUUUCUGCCUACCCUGUGUUUUAAUUAGGUAAAGAAUUGAUUAUGGCCCGGAGUGAGCAUCAGGCGGUCGCAGAAACCCCACGGAAAGCCAAAGAGCAGCAGCUGCUGGAGGUCAAACCCCAGAGCUCUUUGCUAAUUUCCCCACAAGUCCCAGAAGUAUUCAGGAGAGAUCCCUCGAUGGCCACGGUUUGAUUUUAGGGGACACUCUGCUCCUAAAAGGAAGGGCUACCUUACCCCCAGUCCCCUCUGCCCAGGCCGGGGGGAGGACAGGACUGUUAGAAAGCCCCAGCGCUGCCCAGUGAUGAAAAAAAAAUAAUAAUAAAAAGAUUUGGGGCUAAGAGGAAGGAAACUGAGGGUUGAAUUUCUUAACAGUAGCUAAUGAUCAGUUUAUAGUAGCAGCUGUCUUAGAUAAGCAUCUGUGUAGAGCGCGGCAUCACCGCCAGCAUCACCUCAUUCAUAUAGUGACGAGAAAUUUUAAAAAGUUUAAAAAAAAAAAAAUUUAAAAGUAAUUUAAACGAAAUGUUUGUGUGUAAGAAAUGGUUGAAACUGUCAAAUGUCUGUGUCCCGCGUUGGUGGGAUCUGAGAAGGUAUCUGCGAGAUAUUAACCCUGUCCUACUUUCUGUGGUGCUGAGUGUUUGCUUGGUGUGUAAUUCUGACCUGGAGCUUGUUGUAAAUACUGUUUUUAGUACUAUGAUUAUUAUGAUUAUUAUGAUGAUUAUUAUCAGAAAUGUUGUACUCAUGAGCAGGAGUUUAAAACAGGAGAAAUGACCAUUUUCACUCCCUCCUUGGGGCUCAGAAGGAGUCGGAGGCUGGGCUGGGUGAAGGCUGGGUGCCCAUGGGGGUGGGAUGCUGGACCAGAGAGCAGCUGGAAAAUCAUGGAUUUGGGAGCUGGAGGCAGCUGAGUCCUGCAGGCAGGGCGGUGAGAGCAGGGAUGGGCUGCUCCUCGUGCUGGGAGGAGAAGGAAGGGCUGAGUGGUGGAACAGAGGUGAUGCUUCAAUUCUGGUACAUGUAAUUUGGGCUAAACCCAAAGCUCCUUGUGUGAGGGGGUCCAGGCUGUUCCCUGCAGCCCCAGGGGAAGGUGGAGGAGCUGUGAGGUUUGGUGUGUGCUGGAGGAAGAGCCGUCGGUGGCAGGUUGUGCUGGUUAGAGCCAUCCUCCCCAAACAGCUACUGAGUCUCUGGACUCGGUUCCUGCCUGGAUCUUCCAUCUUGGUCCUUUGUGCUGCCCUGUGCCCACUCUCCUUCCCCUCCCUGGAGGCCAGCCUGGAUCUCAGGUGGGGAUUUCUUCUUGCAAUAGCUUUGUCUGGCAAAAAAAAAAAUCCCAUGGCAAACGCACAGGAGAGUGGCCCGGCACCCGGUGCUCAUGCGGGUGUGAGCACUGGGAAACUCAUUUCUCUCAUCUCCGUCGGGUCGGUGCUGUGAGGGACAGUGGAUGUGGCUGGAAAACGUGUCAGUGCAGGGUGAGCUCCUGCCCCGGAGGAGCAGGGAUGUGCAGGGAGAGUUUUGCAUCAGUAAUGUCAGGGGAGCAGCUCUGUUACUGCUGCAGAGACACGUUGUGCUGAGGAAACAACCUCAUCCCUGGGGCCGGAUGCUUUAGGUGCAGUAGAGCCAUGUUUGCCUGCUGCAGGUGAAUGGAGCAGGGAUGGGGGGAGCUUGGCAUUUGCCCGGUGCCACUGGGCACUAUCAGGGAAACGUGUGGUUGCUUUGGCUGCCGUGCCCCAGCUCCUGAGGUUUUGGCUGGACGAGGGGUCCUGCCCAGCAGCACGUGGCACAGCCCGGGAUCACAGUUAUUUCAUGCCUUUCCAUCUCCCAGGGCUGCUAAUGGUUGUGUGUAGCAGCAUACUUCAUGCCUCAAAUGAGACUAAUUAAGUAUCCUCAUUAACAUCCUUACUGUCCCAGCCUCCCUCCUUCCUGGACCUUUCCCACAUACCGCAGUCAUGGACAUGGCAUGUGACCCCCCAGUUCCCGGGGCCCCCUUCCUUAUGGCAGGGCUUGAGGUUCUUCAUUGAUUCCCGUAGAUGUUUAUUAACCGAGCUUUGUAACGACAGUCAGCAGCCCCGUUUUUGCAGAAUUUUGUGCCUGGUAGGAAGAGCAUCCUUGAGGCAGCCGACAGCAUCCCUGCCCGGACCAAGAAUGUUUUUAGUUUUGUGAGGGAGGAAAGAAGAGAUGGUGACAAUUUAUUACGCGCACGCAGAGACCUUUCAAAGAGCUCUCCUGGAGAAGGGCCUCUGAUUUGAGCAAACCAGAGAAGCUGAAGCUAAAUGAGUUCCCAGCUGGGCGAGGAGCGAAGCAAGAGCUGGAACAACUGGCCUCAUAUCCCAGAUUAAAGCUCUGUGCUCACGUUAUCCCUUACAGCAAAGAGCUCAGCUCUGUCCCUAAAUGGGUGCUUUCAAGGGUGCUGGCCCCUCAGACUGCUUCCCGACUGAGCCUAUUCCUUCUCUUAUUAUUUUCUGAGUCAUUCAAAAAUCUUGCUCUAACCCAGACAUGGGAUUACCUUUGAGUUGACCUUCCAGGGACGGCGGCAGAUCACGAUUGCAUGCAUCCUACCUUGGGGGUAGGUCGGUAUCGCUGCUCCUUUUUAAAAUGUAACCUUCAGCUUGCUUUUUGCUUUUGCUUAGCCCGGCGUGACUCUACUCUCUGGCCCUGGCUCUGCAAAGCCUGUCUCCUGGGGUUGGUUCAAUCCCGUCCCGCCGCGUUCCUUCCUUCCCUCCCUCGCGGUGGCUGUGCACCCGGCUGUGCACACGCGCACGGAAACGCACACCUGGGGACCAUAUAUGCACAUCCACUCUUAAACCACUUGAAAUGAGUCAGGGAACGGCUGUUUACGGUGCUAGAGAUUUCUUACUAUCCAUGCUAGGGAUGAGAUGACAUAGUAAGACCAAUAAACUCCACCUUUGUAGUCAGUUUGUCUAGAAGUAAAGCAGAAGAGGGGCACUGGCCAACGCCUACGUUUGGGAGCUCCGUGGUCCCCCAGGGGUGCAGGGAGGCAGCAGCCCCCACCCGCUGUGGGGAUGAUGGGAUUGGAGCACGGGGGGGCAGCCGGGCAGCCCAGCCCCAGCAUCCCCCCGUGCCUCAGUUUCCCCAUUGCCAUGACAAGGGGACACCGACGCUCCCUACCCCACGGGGACCGCGGGAGAGCCAACGCAUCCAUGUCUCUAAAGUGCUCUGAAAAUGGAAAGUACCAAAGUACAGAGUUGUGGUACCCAAUUAUCCACCCCGGGUGGAGUAACGUGGCCCAGGGCUGCAGGCAGAGGUUUGGAAGAUGACUGCGUGGCCGCAGGGCUGGGUCCUAACCCCGGGGCUGAGCACCCCGGCUGUCCCUCCCUGGGCAGGAUUCACUCCUCCUGCCCCAGCCUGGGCCACCUUUUGCUCCUGCCGGGGUGGGGGGCAGCGGGGUGGGGACCUGGUGUGGUGUCACAGAAAGACUUUCCAUCACUAACAGAGCCUUGUUGUCCGGUUCCCUUCGGUCUACCGCGUGCAUUUCAUUGUCAACUUGAGGUUGUUGUUGUGCAAAAGAAGUGAUUAUGAAAAUAAAGAAAAAAAAAAAGAAAAAAAAAUGAAAUAAACUUGGUAUGAAACCAGAUGUGUCCGUCUCUCUCCAUAAAUGGAUUGUUUUAGUUCUGAGGCUUCUCUUUGUACUGUGAGAAUACCAAUAAAAUGCAUUAAAUGGAAAAUUGACCUAAAGAUUUAACGGGAUAGACUUUAAGCACCUGUAUGCUAAAUAAGUACUUUGCACCCAGCGUAAAAGAUGUGGAGAUUCAUAGUUUAUUGCCAUUCUCAGAGGGAAAAAAAUAAUAAAAUGCCUAAAUGAGGGUAUUGCUGACAUCCCUUGCAGGAAGCAAGGUGAGGGUACGCAAAGUCUUUGCAGUGGAAGAUUGAAAAAACAUAAGAUAAUUGCAAAUACAAUAAAUCCAGUUCUGGAAACCA